AUGAAUGGAACCAUUCCCGAGAGCUUUGGACAACUCUCAAAACUCAUACGCCUAAAUCUCAAUGAAAAUUCGUGGGAAGGUGUUGUAACAGAAGCCCACCUGAUGAAUCUCAAGAGUCUAGAAUAUUUGAAAAUUUUCACAGCGGACAAAGUCAUGCCGUUGGUUUUCAAUGUGACACACGAAUGGGUACCCCCUUUCAAGCUCAAAUAUCUUAAAUUAAAAAAUUUCCUAGUGGGCCCUAGGUUUUCAAUGUGGCUUCAAGUUCAAAGUGAACUCACUUAUGUGUCCCUUGGAAAUGUUGGAGUUGCAGACACCAUACCCGAGGAAUGGUUUUCGAAGAUAUCUCAUCGACUCACCUAUUUGGAUCUGUCUAACAACCGGAUCAAAGGGAGGCUCCCAUACCAUUUAGAAUCUCCAAAAUUGUUGUGGAUUGACUUGAGUAAUAACAGUUUUCAUGGUUAUCUCCCAUUAUGGUCCACCAAUGCAUCCAUUUUUUUGCUUGAAAACAACUUAUUUUCAGGGCCGAUUCCAUCAAAUAUUGGUGAAUUGAUGCCACAAUUGGAAUAUUUGUAUCUACAUGAGAAUCAUCUCAAUGGUACAAUUCCAUCAUCAAUAUGUACAUUAGAGAAUUUGCAAUUUCUUUCCCUUCGGACCAAUCAACUAUUUGGGGAGCUCCCUCAGUGUUGGAAUAAAUUGCAAAAGUUAUUCUCCUUAGAUGUGUCCAACAAUAGUCUUUCAGGUAAAAUUCCGAACUCAAUUGGUUCCCUAAGUUCUCUUGUUUUAUUAUUGUUGAGUAGCAACAAUCUAGAUGGGGAAAUUCCUCCAUCCUUGUGGAACUGCACAAUGAUGACGACCGUUGAUCUUGGAGGAAAUAAUUUGUCGGGAAAAUUACCAUCAUGGAUAGGAGGAAAUGGCAUUGCAUUAAAAAUUCUACGGCUACGAUCUAAUUCAUUCAAUGGGAACAUUCCUCGACAAUGGUGCAAUCUAAAAGAACUUCAUGUCCUAGAUCUUGCACACAACAAUCUUUCGGGGGCCAUUCCCAGUUGCUUGAAAAAUUUGACAGCUCUAGUUUAUGGUAGCAACAGUUCAGCAAACUUCACCAAUGAGAAGCAAAUAAUUGUGGUGGCCAAAGGACGUGAACUCAAAUACGGUUGGACUAUUCAAUUCAUAAAUAAUAUUGAUCUUUCAGCGAAUAAGCUAGUUGGUGAAAUUCCUAAAGAGAUCACAAGCCUCACUGCACUUAAUACCUUAUAUUUUUCAAUGAAUUGUCUGUUUGGACACAUUCCGGACAACAUUGGAAAUUUGCGAUGGUUGGAAACUUUAGUUGUUUCAAGCAACAAUCUCUCGGGACCGAUUCCUCAAAGUUUGUCGUCAUUAACAUCUUUGGCUCAUUUGAACCUCUCUCACAACAACUUGAUAGGAAAAAUACCUUCUGGAUAUCAGCUUCAAACACUCGACGAUCCAUCCAUUUAUGAAGGUAACCCUUUACUUUGUGGACUCCCUCUUCGAACCAAGUGCCAAGGUGAUGAUGCAUCUAAUGCUCUUCCUGCUGGCAAUGACGAUGAUGAUGAAAAUGAAGUUGAAAUGGUAUGGUUCUAUGGAAGCAUGGGGCUUGGAUUUGUGGUAGGAUUUUGGGUUUUUUUUGGUACCUUAUUGAUAAAGAAGUCGUGGAGGCAUGCUUAUAUUCAAUUCUUGGAGAACAUGAUCGAAAGGAUAGCUCUUAUGAUUGAAUUGAGUGUGGCUCGUUUGCAAAGAAGAUGGGAUCAGUGA